ACAGUCUGGCGCUGCUGGUAGCGCUGUCAAGUCAAACUUGUACACAAGACUGAAUUGCAGGUUAGGACCGGCGCUGGUUUUUACUAGUGGGAAACGGAGGCCCGGGUGAUAAUUUCUCGUGAUUAGCUUUCGUCCUUGAUUCCAUAAAUAAAAUGGUUUUCACAUCGCUUGUCAACUAUGUGAGAACACGAGGUCCUGAUGAAUUCUGGCGCAAGAGGAAGAUUUCAAAUUUGGAUGCAUUGAUACUGACAAUCCCCUUUCAGCACUUCCGGGGUCGUAGGAGGAAUUGUUAUUCGAUCGCGAUCCGCAAUGUUCACCGCGCUCUUGUAUAUGCAACUAAGGGUAGACGACUGAAGAAGCAGGACCUUUCGGCUCUGUGGAAAAUCAGGACGCAGGCCGCCUGCGAGCAGUACAACAUUUCUCUAGAAAACUUCCAGGAAGGCUUGACACGAAGCAACAUUCUGUUAAACAAGAAAAUCUUAUCGGACUUGGCCAUCUGGGAGCCUCGAACAUUCGAAGCGCUCGCGAAAAUAGCACGAGAACGUGCGGCAAUGGAGGGCUACGGAACCUUGCGAGAGCAGUCGGUCGUGAACAAAGUCUUCGGGAUGCAUUUGUUGCUAAAACCAUAGAAGAAUUGUAUAGAGUGUAACGUAGAAUUAAAGGACAAAUAAAUGAUUUUCUAAAAACAAAAAUUUAUUCACUA